AUGUCUCAACGCGAACCAGAAUGGGAUGUACACUUUCAGCGGUGGCUUCUGACUAAUUGGAGUGAAGAGAACCAACUAUACUACCGGACGCAUUACGUUGACGGAAAAUGGGAAUUCUUCGAUUGGUUGCUCGCGCCGCGGCAAAGGGAAGACUCGGGGAUUGAGGUUAUAGAUCACGUCCAGAAACCAGAACCUCCCCGGUAUGGUAGCUUCAUUCAAGGAAGUUACCAUCCAGGGAAUGCUGUGCCAGGCUCACAUUACGAGUCGCUCGAUCCCACGUUUUAUGUCCGCGAUCGUACAUUCUUUGAGGUUGGCAAGGUUUUUGCUAUACUUUUCAUUGAGUCCGCGGGUGCUAGUGGCCAAGCUAUGUCAAACAACAGCAACAUAUCCCCGGUCAGAUACGGCGAACUUGCACAUGCGCAAGUCAGGAGAUUUGUGGUUGUAAAACAAAAGAGGGAAUUCUGUUUCGCCUGCCCAAUCUUCGUUUAUGGUAACCAAGGCACGAAGAAGCCCGGUGUUGUUCCCGAUGAGCACGCAAUUGCAUAUAGUUAUGGUAACCAACCACAGCUAUUACCUGAUGAAACCCCCUUAAGUAAAGAUCCAAUUUGCAUAGUAAUGGAUGCUGGCGAGCGUUCUCUUUCUGCGGCGAGUCGCAUCUAUUUUGCGAUCCAUCAUCCAAUCCAGUAUAACGUCAAGGUCAAAUCCAUUGGCUAUGUUCACCCGGAUCACCUGCCAAUGCUUUUGGCUUACUGGAAUAUGGAAAAUGGGGAGAAGUCAGAUUUCACUCCUUCUGUAGCUUCCACUCCCUCAGUACAAACAGGUGGAUCUGGUUUCGAGGAAGUUCGAAAUCCCCACAUGUUCUUCAAACCUGCCAGAGUCUUCAUGACACCAUGGACGGAACCCGAAGGGUUCUCUGGGCGCAUGUUUACUGAGACGGCCAGAUUUGUCGUGGUCAAGUCCGGCCCCACAUUCUCUGUAUGUCUCCGUAUCAGUACCUACUCUGGCCAAGCUACGUCGAAACCGGGUGUCAUUGCAAGCCACCAUGCAGCCGUUAUACCCCAAGGCGGAACUGUCACCUAUCAUCCACAUGAGGAAGAACUUUCUAACCCUCCCAUCGAGAUCAAAGUCGAGAAUGACGAUGUUGACAUUGAUCCAAUGGCUCGUAUCAACUUCGCAAAGCCGUACACUGUUGAGCACAAUAUCUUGGUGCGUAAUGUUGGUAGGGUAGUUGGGGAUCACGUGGUUCGGCGACUCGAGAUGUACCUUGCAACGAACUUGGGAUUCACAAAGCCUUGA